CUCUUAAAGAAAAGAAAACCUCACUUUAAAAAAAAUCACUUUACAUCCCAGAUCCUGUCCCAAAGGAGAAUGUGGGAGAUGCACAUUCAGGGACCUCCUUGGUGGAGACUAAAGGGGCAGGGAGGGGAAUGAUGCUGCCAGACCUUGGAAGGAGGGAUCUUUUCAGCCCAAAGGGAUCCCAGGAGGGAUGUGGGCAUCCCAGGACUCCCCUCACCCUGGGGGGCUGCAGCAGCAUACACAGCAGAGGCCUUAACUCAUCACUCAGGUGUUCUCCAAGCUGCUGCAGGGCAUGGAGGAACAAAAUAAGGGUUGUUCAAAUUUUGUAUUUCACUACAGGGAAUAUUUAUUUUAAACUAAGAAAACAGAGGAGGGGGGGGAAAGACUCUACCCAAACUGUACUUAUUGUAGCCAAAAGGUGUGUUUGCUACUGGGGGAUUUCUGUGGGUGCCUUCCUGGUUUUCUGUGGGGAUGGGGUGGCUGUGGGUGGGAUGGGUAAGGGGGAUGUUGCUGUUCUCACUCCCCCUCACCAUUCACUGUGCACAGGGAUUUGGGAAGCGAUGUUUGUUAAUAAUGUUGUUGUUUUUAUAACAUAUAUAAGGUUCUGGGGAAGAAAGUUCCUUCCCUUUAUUUAAUUUUUUUGUAAGAAUAUGAAGAGUUGCCUCACCUGGUUUAAAAGAGUUUGGCUUGUUUCCAAACAUGCCCUGCUUCUGUCUCUGCUUCCCAGUGUGGGCACAGCAGGACCUUCCUGGGGCUGGAGGCUCCCCAGAUCCCACACCCGUGCACUUGCCCACUCCUCCCUGCAACAAGCCACAAGUGCUGUGUGCAGCCCCUCUGUGCCAGCACUGGAGGCUGGAUCCAGUGUCCCAGAUGCCAUCACAGGAGCACAUCCCAGCCUCCACAAUGCCCCUGCAUGACAGCCUGGGAAGAGGCUGCUGGUGGAUGUCUGAGCAUCAGAAACUGGGCAGGAGAGUGUGGGGUGCUCAGGGGUGCAGCCUGGGCUGACCCAGUGCGGGUCCCUCUGCCUUGGGAGCCUCCAUCAGGCACAGAAUCUGACUGACCCCAAAGGCCAAGUGCUGCAAUCCACACUUUUCAGCCCCAAAUAGUGGAGCCCAGCAAGUGAACACUUCCACAACCUCACAAACAGGGUGUUUUGGGGAGCAUCAGCAGGUUUGGGGAUUAUCCUGCCUGCAGGGGAAGGCCCACCCCCACCUUCUGCUGCCAAGGGCUCAGUGAGGAGCAGAGGGAAGCUAAGCCCCCUCCAGCUGCACCUGGGGGAGUGCAGAUGAGUUUGUGUUAAUUGGGAGCAGCUGGAAUGGAGCCACAUCCACCCCACCUGAAAAACCAGAUAAAAGCCAGGGCUUGGCUGGGCUUUGGUGUUCUCUUCUCCAGGGGUGCUGCUAGGUGAGGGGUACUGGUGGGCCUGGCCCUCCUUGGGGAGGUUUCUGGGGACGGUGGGUGUUUGGGGCAGGGACUUGAGGUAAUGUCUGAGCCUGGGGCUGCUUACAACCAUGUACUGCACUGGGAGCUUCCUGGGAGGUGCUGAGGCUUGGCACAGGCUUUCCUGAGCUAUUAGACUGCUGAAAAGGAAGAUGUUUUAAUAAGGAGUUCUGGGGAUGGGAAGCUUGGGAAUGGGGCAGGCACUGGGAUGUGGGAGCUGCAGAGACCCACCCUUAAAUCUCCUGCUGUCCCUCUCCACAGCUGGGCUCUCGCCAUGGCCUCUCCCAAGAUGAGCCGAGGGGUUGGACCACCAAGCCCCCCGGAGGCUGCUGCCCUGUGGCCAGAAGCACUGCUGCGUGCCCAGAGGGAAGGGGCUGCGGGCACAGCGCUGUGUCCCACUGCCUGCGGGGCUGUCCCUGCCCACAGGCUGUGGUGUGGGGCCUUCCUGCUGCUGGCCGUGUGUGUGUGUGCUGCUGCUGUCCCCUCUGGCCUGGGCACUCUGGCUGCUGCCACCUGGGCUCACCUGGGCCUGUCAGCCUCCCAGCCAGGGCUGGGUGAUAGUCUGGUGACAGCACGUGGGGACCUCCUCACCUCGGGCUACUCCCCAGGGCUCCAAGGAGCUGUGACCCCUGGGACAGGUGCUGGGGGAUGGAGCCUGGGGACACGGACUGUGGCCACACGGAUGUCUCAGACCUGCCUGCAGCAGCAGCCUGGAUCUGGGGACAGGGAAGAGCUCAGGCUGGGCAUGGUGCCACUCCGUGGGGCAGCUGCAGGGUCUCAGGUUCCCCCUGAAGUCCCCACGUGGACCCCUAUGGAUGCUCGCUCCUGGAGCCCCAGCACGGCAGAGCAGGCAGCAGCCUCUGCUCUGCCAGCACAAGGGACACCCAGCUCGGCUGAGCUGCACCCUGAGGGGCUCUGGGGCACUGCUGGCACUGCCCUGCCUGGGAAAGCUGCUCCCUUGGUGGAUGCUGCGUUGGCCCAGGUCCCAGGAAAUGGGUCUGGGCUCCUGGAUGCAGUCCUGGCAUCACUUCCUACCACUGCAGCAGCUCCUGGUGCCCACAGUCAGGACAUGCUGGCUUCCUCCCUUCCCACAGCAGCGUCUGGGGCUCCUGCUGUCACCUUGGGGACACAGAGUGAGUGGCCUUCUCCCCCUGCACUGUCCACUGCAGCUUCCCCAGCUCAGACCAGGGCUCCCAGCCCUGCAGGUCCCACCGGGACUGGGAUGAGCUCCACAGCCACUGGUGCCAUCCCAGAGCUUGGACAGACAUUUAUGAUGGAAGCAUCCAGGCACAGCAAGCCCAGAACAGCAUCAGUGGCACCUGCUCCCACUCCAGCAGGAGCUCUGGGGCCCACCCCUGCCAGCCCAGGCUCUGUCCCCUGCUCCACAAACCCAGCUCUGGAGCAUGGCUCUGAGCCUGGGCAUCACGCUGUCACUGCCAGCAGUGUGACAUCUCCACCCUGCCUGCUGACUUCUCCUGGAGCUGGGCAUGCAGCCUGCUCCCUGCUCAGCUCCCAGACCCUGCCUGUGCCUACAGAAGUGAGCCUCAAUGCCCACAUCAUGUCCAGUGGCUCCAGCACUUCCCAGCACUCCUCCACAGCCAUGGAACAUCUCCCUGCAGCCACCAGAGAGGCCUUCAGCCCAGCUGAGCUGAUGACAAAGGGUGUACCUGGCUCCACAGGGACAAAGCCCCCUGCAUCCCACCCCUCCAGCCUCCCCUUUCCCACAUGGCCUGUGCACGUGCUGCCCUUGCAAUUCCGACUGCUGGGAAUCACUUACACCCUGGCUCUAGGCAGCAGGAACUCGGAGAGCUACCGGCAGCUGGAGGGAGAUGUGAGACUCAUGCUAAACCAGAUGCUGUCCAGCUACGAGAGCUUCCUGCAGGCAAAUGUCCUUGAGUUCAUGAAUGGCUCUGUGGUGGUGCGAGGGGAGGUUUUGUUCCGGGGGGAUGUUCCUGCUCCCACCAGCUCCCACCUCAUCCGGACAGUUGUCACAGAGGCAAGCAAGGGAAGGAGCAUCUUCAGCUGGCAGCUGGAGCCCCAGUCUGUCCAGUCAGGUGGCUUCAGCCUGGAGAACCUGGACCCGGAGAAGCUGUCCAUCUCCCUCACCGGCUCCCAGCUGGGGAUGAGCCCGAUGGGUCCUCUGGAGAGGCUGGUCCAUGAGAUAACUUCAUCUGUCAGUGCCCUCUACCAUGUGAGGAACUUCACCAUCUCCCAGCUCAGAAACCUCAGUGGGAACACAGAGAUCACUGGAGACCUCUACCUAGACACAGUUGUCCAUGCUGAUGCUACAGAAGUUCUGGAAGCCCUGACUGCACUCUCAGGCCUCUCCAUGGACCUGACCUCCCUCUCGGUGGAGGGGUCCAAGCUUGGUCUGAAUGUGUACCCUCUCUCCUUCCUCGUCACCAACAGACAAUUCAGCCAGAAGCUUCAGGAUCCACUCUCUGAAGAGCACCACAACCUCUCCAGGGACCUCGGUGAUGCGGUGAUGAGAGCCCUGAAGGAUUACCCAACCCUCCUGAAAGUGAUCAUAAAAGAAUUCCUGCCUGGCUCCUUGAUCUGCCACGGGAACAUGAUAUUCCAACACCCUGCUCCAAGCAGCAUGGAGGUUUUGGCAACACUUGUGCUCUCAGUUGGGCCAAACCAGGCUUUGGCUGACUCAGACAUCCAUGUGGAUCCAUUCUCUCUCUCUGUGGGAGAUGACACCUUGGAACGUCCCUCGCCCGAGCCAGGCUUCCCAGCCUAUGGAGUGGCCCUCAUGGUCAUAGGUGGCCUCUGCAUCAUCAUUGCACCCGUCGUGCUCGUGUGCCUGGGGACCAAGAGGCUGGGCUGGCAGGAUGGAAGAGCCCUUUGGGACAGAAGAGACCCUGAAGUGGGGAUCCAGACGUUGGAAAUGGAUAACCAGGGGUUCUGGACAGAGGACCCUGAGGAUGGUCACAUGGAGUGGCAAAGCACCUCUGCCUGAGGAUAGAAGAAGCAGCUGCUGGGGGGAGCUUGGAGAGGGGCUGUAGGUGGGAAGGAGAUGCUGAGAAGCACUCCCUAAUCACCUGGCAGCAGCUGCCAGGUGCUCCCUGAGCAGAAUGGAAUAAUUUUGUAUCUGAAAUAAACAUUUGUAGACCGUGAAA